CUGACACACGGGCAAUCCUCGAAGGCCACCGUCAUACUCUAGAUUGUUUCUUCACUCUAAGGUUGAAAAUGGAGCCAGUGGUCACAAGCGUGAGGCUGAAGGUGGCCGUGCUGCUUCUGAUAGCAAUUCAGCUGAGAACAGAGGCGAUGAAGGUAACAUCCGCGGGGCCACAGACCAUUCAGAAGGCACAAGGGGAGACUGUCAAACUGGAGUGCACCUACGCUCCAGGCUCUGAAGACACAGGAGACCUGGAUAUUGAGUGGUCCAACGUCAGCCCGGACAUGACACAGAAAGACACACUGAUCUUAUCAUAUUCAGGGGGGCAGACGCACAUCCACGACCAAAACCUCGCCAAAAGGUUCACUUUUACAACGAAUCCCCAGCAAGGAGACGCUUCCGUCUCCAUCACUGAUCUGAGACCCUCAGACACAGCCACAUACCAAUGCAAAGUCAAGAAGCUGCCAGGCGCCGACGCGAGAAAACUCACUCUGGUGGUGUUGGUUCCCCCAUCAGCACCAAAGUGCUGGGUUGAAGGUGGAGAGGAGAAAGGAAGCACAGUCUCCCUCCGCUGCAAAUCCUCUCAGGGAUCCACUCCUGUCAGUUAUGUGUGGACGAGAGAAAGUGGAGGUGCAAUGCCCUCCACUGCUACUCAAAACCCACAGAGUGGGGAGCUUUUGAUAAGGAACCAUACAGACAGCAACACUGGAAGCUAUGUAUGUGAGGCAAAAAAUCCUGUUGGCAGUGCACAGUGUAAAUACUCCCUGCAUGCAUAUAACCCUAUCAAUAAAGCAGGUGUCAUAGCUGGUGCAGUGAUAGGCGCUCUGUUGCUGCUGCUGCUCCUCCUGCUUCUCAUCUGGCUCCUCAUCUGCUGCUGCCACAAGCGUCGCUACGAGAAGGAGGUCGCGAAUGAAAUAAGGGAGGAUGUGAAGGCCCCAGAAAGCAGACCCGCCAGCAGGCAGUCCAGCAGGCACUCCAGCCUGCGCUCGGUGAUGGGAUACCGCACUCACCACGGCCUGUACAGCUCUGUGAGGAGCCACCCGGCCAGUGUCAGCGAAUCAGGCCCUGUCUACACAGGUGGAAGUAAUGGAGCAACCACUGCAGGGGACAGACUCAUUCACCUCAACUAUGACCCUAAAUAUGGAUACCCUGUGUGACCACAAACCUCAUGCCUAAAAGGCUCUUAUUUUUUCAGUGCAAAACUACUCAUUAUGAUGAAAAGACUUUACACCUUUUAAAUAAUAUUCUAUGUCUAAAAAUAUGUAAGAGGUGCAAUGGUAUUUUUUUCUAACUAGGGAAUAAUGAAAGUGCCUGUAUAGCCAUCCUAUCCUCAAUAGACAUGUGACAUACAAUAUAUUGCCAAAAGUAUUCACUCACCCAUCCAAAUCCUUGAAUUCAGGUGUUCCAAUCACUUCCAUGGCCACAGGUGUAUAAACCAGCACGUGGGCAUGCAGACUGCUUCUACAAGCAGGAGCUUGGUGAAUUACUGGGUGGUAUGUUAUAGGAUGCCACCUCUGCAACAAGUCCAGUCAUGAAAUUUCCUCAAUACUAAUUAUUACACAGUCAGCUCUUAGUGGUAUUAUAGCAAAGUGGAAGCGAUUGGGAAUGACAGCAACUCCGCCACAAAGCGUAGUGCUCAGAGGUCACCAACUUUCUGCAGUCACUCGCUACAGACCUCCGAUGCUGCCGAGCAGCUGCAUCCAAGCCUUACAUCACCAAGCGCAAUGCAAAGCAUCGGAUGCUGUGGUGUAAAGAACGCUACCACUAGAGAUGUAUUUUCUCUGGAGUUACAAAUCACGCUUCUCUAUCUGGCAAUCAGAUAGAUGAGUCGGGGUUGCCAGACUUGUCCGACUGCAUUGUGCCAAGUGUAAAGUUUGGUGGAAGGGGGAUUAUGGUGUGGGGGUGCUUUUCAGGAGUUGGGCUCGGCCCUUUAGUUCCAGUGAAAGGAUCUCUUAAUGCUUCAGCAUACCAAGACAU